AUGCCACGCCGAAAGCCAAUUACCAAACUGGGCAUAUUUGGGAAGUAUGAUCUAAACCCGGAACAGGCGGUAGAGAACUACUUUGAGUCGAAAUUAAACAACAAGUAUUACGUCAAUGUCCCCGGCUGGGAUGUCGCCCGCAAUGGGUUCGAGCUCAAGGGCAUACACAAUGAUCGCGAGUACAUGGAAAUCACCAAGGAGCAGCACCGGAUGCGUGAGCAAGCCCAACGCCAGGUGGUCGUCAACCGGAAGCGGUUGGAACAGACGACCGAUUUGCUGCAGCGCAUGCGGGCCGAAUUUGUCGAGCUGAACGACUUCCUCAAGGACUGUGAAAUGAAGGAGCAGAAUGCUUUAGAUACGGUUAAGCGGGAAAAGCAAAAGCACGAACAGUACGGGCAAAAGAUCACACAGCUCGAGGCGGAUCUGGAACAGUUGGACGAGUUUGUGGUAAAGUACGAGGAAACGAUUAACACAUUUGAACCGUUUGAGAAAGUUAUGGAACAGACGAUCGCCGAAUCGAAGAGCUACGAAAAUAUGCAAGAACUCAUUCAGCGUUGCGAUUCACUGCUGCUGGCACAGGUGGAAAUUUCAGCUGUAGAGCAACAAAAGAUCCAGGAGAUAGAGGAAAUUCGCCAGAAUCUCUUCAAGGCAACCAAGACAGCGCUGCACAUCAUAACCGGUCUCAACAAUGAUCUGUCGGAGUUGUUGACACAGUACGUGGCCGCCAAGGAGGAAGGUUUGCGCUGGGAAAAGUCGGUCACCGUCGUCAAGUGCUACAUGGUGGAGAACGAAUCGAGCAUCAACUGUCUGCUGGACGCCAUUAACCAUGUGUACAUUUUGCUACGCAAGCGUCGCGGCGCCGCACCGGCCGCACCACGCGGUGACGUCGAAACGCAGCUAGAUCACAUCAAGGAGGAGAUCGAGAUUCUGCACGAUGUACGCAAGCAGGCGGCUGCGAAGAUGCGCAACGAUGGGCACAGUCUGUGCGGGGAGAAGGGAACCGAACGUCGGAAAACGGCACUGUAG